UGCAAGGGCGUGAUGUGAGCAGAAACGCGCGGCGCCUAUUGGCCCAGAGAGCAACCAAUCAGUGUCAGCGGAGUAACUUCAGAGCGGAGCUGCAGGGUACGAGUUUCAGAGUUGGGAGAGCGAUUUAGGCUUUUACGCAAAGAGGUCGAGUGUUGUUCCACGAAAAAUACGCAACCUGUGAUUUUGUUUUGUUCAUGCCUCUGCCUUCGUCCCCCCUCCCGUGAAAAAUAUAGGCUCCGGAAUGUACACCGCCGGUCUCAACCCGUUUUACGCAUCAAAUUUUAGCCUCUGGUCCGCGUACUGCGCCGGAGGUUUCGCUGUGGAUACAAUGAAGAAGCCGUCCUUUUGCAUUGCAGACAUUUUACAGGCAGGAGAUGCGGAGAACAUCCCAGGAUCAUCCGCCCUCAUGGUGCAUAUGGCACAUCCCCACCACCACCACCACCGCGCUCAACAGGCGCACUCCAGCAGCUCCCCUCUGCGUCCGUCUCCCGUUGCACCGGACUCAUCAGUCUUUGGUGCGCGCAUGGGUCCGGCGUCUCCGUACCACAGACACGGACUACAAGUGACCAGAACUGCAUUCAGCUCCCAGCAAGGACCACCGACUUCAAGCAAAGACCUCAAAUUUGGAAUUGAUCGAAUAUUAUCCGCGGAUUUUGAUCCAAAAAGCAAAGAAAAGUCAUCGUUAAGAGAUCUCACAUCUAUUGUUAGCUCGAACCGUCAGUCAGGUAUCCAAAUCCCCGUUCAAGCUCCGGCCAGCCAGUACUUCUCCUCCAUAGACCCCGGGAUGAGCGACGCAUCCUCCAUGAUGAGUUCACUAGGCAGCAGCAGCAGCAGCAGACACUCAGGCCAGCAUCAGUUUCAGGACACCUUUCCAGGGCCGUACGCCGUCCUCACCAAAGACACGAUGCCUCAGACGUACAAGAGGAAGAGGUCGUGGUCCAGGGCUGUGUUCUCAAACCUGCAGAGAAAAGGGCUCGAGAAGAGAUUCGAAAUCCAGAAAUACGUCACCAAACCUGACAGAAAGCAGUUGGCAGCCAUGCUGGGCCUUACAGAUGCUCAGGUGAAGGUGUGGUUCCAAAACAGACGCAUGAAGUGGAGACACUCCAAAGAGGCCCAGGCUCAGAAGGACAAGGAGAAGGAGACAAAGCCGGACAAAAGUCUGUCAGAGGCGGGCAGUCGAGAGCCCAAAGAGCCGCUGGAGUCUGAAUGUGAGAGCGAGGGCAGGAGUGAGUGCGAAUCGGAGGAGGCCGAGGAGGAAGAGGAGGAGGAGGAGAGCGUUGAUGCACAUUUGGACAUUUCUGAUCACAACAAAACCAGCGUGAUCAUGAGCGGGAGCGCGCAGACCGGCUGCGCGGACGCGACGCAGACGGUCACGGACACAGCGGCCGCGCAGGUGCUCAUAUGAAGAACUGGGUUAGGUCUCGAACGAUGGGAGGGAUAGAUUUUUUAUUUUUACCUUUUUUUUUCACGAACCGAGGACAAAAAUCUAAAGAGUGGAACUUCAUCCAAAUCAGGUCAGUUUGACAACGAAGGAGCCAAAAGACGCCUUGAUCUGUUCACAUUAUUUUAGCUUCAGACGCAAGGAUCAGACCGGUGAAGGUGUGAAAUAAAAUAAAUAAAUAAAUAAAAGUAUCUUUUAUUUCUAUUGUUUUGCAAAGCUCUAAUGACGAAGCCAAAGGUUAUUUAAACAUUCAAAAUGACGGAUUUCCGGCCUUCAGAGGAGCUUCAGACUGAACAUCCUCAUCCUUUCAGGUUAAGAACCACUCACGCUGUAAAUGAAAGUGUACCUCUUUUCUUUUGAUCUGCUAAAGGUUAACUUGUUAUUUUGUGAAUAAUUAUUUGCACUGAAAAUAUUGUAAAUAAAUUGCUGGUAUUUUCAACUCCAUCAU